UAAGACAUUUGUUGUUGCUUGUAUUUCAGAAACAAAUAGCAUAUUCCUUUCAAAUGUGAAAAAAUUCGCUUAGUUUGCAUAAUUUGUAAAGUAUACUUGAAAUUAAAAUGGGGGAUGUAAAUAACCCAUCUUCUAAAGAAGGCGAAAAAUCCUUAAGUCCGCAAGCACAUUUACCAAUAAUUAUAAAAUGUGAAAAACCGGAGAACAGUACAAAAGCAACUAACAGCAGUACUCAAAUUACAGCUAGCGACCCCAUAUUCCAAACGGUCGUUCCACUGAACAUAAAGCGUGAGAUUGAGGACAAAGACUCUCAAUUAAAUACUCCACAACCACAUAAGCCAAUCGUAGAAGUUAAAAAAGAAUCUACAGAACGAGCCACUGUGGUUUCUAGUAAAAAUACAGUUAACAUUCCAAGUCCAGUAUCAACAACAGCUAACAAUGCUACUAUAUCAACGGGUAAUGAAUUAGAUUCGAUUACUGCAGAUUGUCUGGACCAUUUGGACCACUUUAUUGACGAUAUAAGUACAGAGUUAAGACCAGAAAAUGUUUCAAAUUCGGAAAAAAUAUUUAAGUCUAAACCCAAAAAGGAAAGUUAUAGUGAAGAUGAAGAUGAAGAGCAGGACCCUCAAAAUACAAUAUUCACUGACGAUUUCUUCUCGGAGUUAUAUACACCAAUUGAAAAUAGGAUAGGAGAAAGAUAUGUUGAUGAAGCUACCGCACUUAUAGAAGAACGCAUACAACAAACUACAGUAGGAAAUCAAAGUAAUGUUGCACAAGUCGCAGGUAAUGGACCUGUUGCCCAAGUAGAAGUAAAUACGCAAAUACUCCCAGUCACUACAGUUGAUAAACCUACUAAUAUAGAAUCAAUAGCUAAUAUAGAACGAACUGAUGAAGAUCUCAUUGCACAAAUAAGAUCAAUUGAAAAUGAGCUGAAAAUGCAUAAAGAAAAAACGCAUAAACACAAAAAAAAUAAAAAAAAAUCUAAAAAGCGAAGAAGGAAAAGUGAUUCCUCCGACGACGAUCAAAACCACCAUACAAAAAAAAUGUCGUAUUCAACUGAAAUCAAUUCACCAGUCAUACACAUUAAAGAGGAACCACUUUUCGAGCGAAGACAAAGACUACAAGUUGCUUCUGAAGAAACGAGCAAUUCCAGCAUUAUACACACCCAUACUCUUCCUUACAUGUCAUCUAAAGUGCUUAAGGCCACUUACGAUACAAAUUAUUGUGAACAAAAAUAUGAACUGGAAUGCUUAACUGUCAACCCACUGUUCGCUACUAAGUCAAACAAUUUAGGAUUCAAACCUAUCAAAUUGGAAAAACUGCAAUUAGAACCAGCUAAAAAACCCUUAACAAUGCAAGAGCUGAAGCCACAAGUCAAACGUCUCUGCGCCCAAAUCAAUAAAGUUAUGAAGUUGCCUAAAGAUUAUAAAAAUACAUCUGAUGGACUUGUGGCUCCACGCAUAAUGCAAAAAAUUAAUUUAAAAGAAAAAGACUUAAUUAACCGCUCACUUUUGGCACUUAAUCCUAUUACGAAAUAUUCAUUUAACAAUUCAUCAACUCACAUUGAUUAUAGAAAAAUUGGAUUGGAAGUAUUGCAAUCAGCAACAGCACGUUUGGCUACACUUCUUGGCUAUGAUAUGCGUAGAUUAAAGGAAAGAAUUAUGGAAAACCAAAAGCGACUUGGUAAAAAUCCUAUCGACUUAAGCGAUAAAUCUGCUGAUGCUUAUUCAUUUCUCAAGGAUGCAGCGACUCAAACUACUGCGACGGAUAAAACUGGUAUUAGUAUUGGAGUAGAAGCUAAGCCGAGUGCAUUUAAUAUAAGCACCCAAACAAGUGGCAAUAAUAUAAAUGAUUCAUAUAAUAAUUUACCACUAAUGCAAUUUUUGCCAAAGCUUAAUGAUAGUGAAAUAUUAGCAGUAACUGAUUUUGUUGAACUGAUGUUAGAGCGAAAAAUGGGUGCAAGAAACAAAAGUGACAGUUAUCAAACCAGACAGCGUUUGUUUGAUAUAUAUAAUUCAGCAGAAGUGAGUGCCAUACAAUCUCCUCAGUCAAUGAAUAGAAACCGUGAUCCUAGAAAUCAAGCAAUACCACCAUACAUCGAAACCGCACCAAAUAAUUCUUAUAUCUCACAUACUCCGCAAAAUUAUGGUUAUAUGCAAAUGUCUGAUCAAAUGACUCAAGCGCAACUAUCUCCUCAUUAUUACCAAUCACCUGAUCAACAACAGCAAUCACAAAUGUCUCCUCAUUAUUCGCAAUACGGCCAUAAUAAUCCACUGCCCGAUAGGAACUUUCAAAAUUAUUAUCCAAGAGAUAGUCGUAUGCCUCGUUAAUAUAUAGUUAUGUAUUUAUUUAAUACCAUCAGUUAAAAUUUUAUUUUUGAAUGUAACUAUUUUCAAAUUCUCCUAUAAAAGUAAUUGCACCUAUUAUAUUUUAUUUAGAAUAUUCUGAUCUAAGAGUGUGGUCUAUACUUUCAGUAUUAGCCGAGAUAAUUGGUGCUAAAGAAAAGUUUUUUACUUGAAAAUAGAUUCAUUCAAUUAUACAUUUUUUUUCAAAUUGCAUUAGUUUUUGCUUAAAAAUCAUUUUAGCGAAUUCGUUUUAAGUCAGAUCCUAAAUAAGAAAAUAAGUUAUUGAAAUAAAGUGCGCUUAAGUUCGGAUUCAUUUAAGCCAAAAGUACUGUGUUCAAUUUAAAGAAAAUUCUGUAAAUAAGAGAAUAUGAAUUUAAUGUG